UGACUGUCUGCUUUGUUAUUGUUAAUUGUUUGUAAAAUAUUUCUAGCUCAUGCUUAGAAUUUUAAUAAUAGGUUUUAUGAAAUGCGGCUAAAUUAUAAUAUUUUAAGUAUUACGGUCUCGCAAUUAUUUGUUUGCUGUUUCUAGAUAAAUUUGCUGAAUACAUUAAUAAUUUGCUAAACUGAAUUACAUCCACCAUGCAAAGCAGUUUGGAGCACGAAGACUUGUUAAUAAAACUACGAGCAAAAUUAAACGAAGGUAAAAUUAAGUUAUGGGAACCUCCCUAUGUAUCUACAGAAGGAGAUAUGUCUCAUAACUUUCAGGAGCUUGCAAACAGAAUAGCAUCUGAGCUAUCUCUAGAUAUGACUAUAGUUCUAGAUGGUUUGCUUGAAUUACAACAACAUUCUGUUGAUAGAUCAAAAGCUAAUGAAGAAUUUAAAGAAACAGGAUGUGCUACUUUGCGAGUUAAGGCUCCUGGAAGAGGGGAAAAAGGAGUAUUUAAAGUCUUGAAGAAACUGAAUGUUAUGGGUUCAGAACUGAUUGAUACAAUUUCUGAGGUGUUAGGAGUUGAAAACACAAGAUUAAAAUUGAUAUUCAAUGGUAAAGUUAUAAACCCCACCUGCAGCCUAGAAGAUCAAGGUGUUAAAAAUGGAAUUCAACUUAUGGCAUUAAUUAUGGCAGAAAAUACAGAGGCGCUUAAGAGAGAGGAUGAUAUGUAUCUCCAGAUGAAACGGACACUGGAGGAUGCCACCCUGCUCUCAGAAUGCUACGAUGACCUUGGUGACGAGUCAUAUUUGAAUUUAGAAGACCAGACUGGAAAAACAGUGGAUCUACCUAAGACAGAACGGAGGUCGUUAUUCAUAGGCCUCGCAUUACACGAGAGGGGACGCACUUGUAUAAAAAAGCGGGAAUAUUCAUUUGCUCUUGUGUUACUUUUGGAAGCUGAUCGACAACUCAGUGAAUGUCGGGCCCAAAUCCUAAACACGGUUGACAACUAUGGAGUGCUGCAACUGGACAUAGCGUGGUGUUACCUCGGCUUGCAAAGCCUUCAAGCCGCGAAUGACGCGGCCGCGAGGCUCACGAAGGCUGAAGUGGCCUUCACCAAUAGCUACGGACCAGAACAGCAGAGGCUGAUCGCUCUUAAGGGCACGGAUGCCAACGAACGAGUACUCUUCAUGCGGUUGUACCUACUUCAGGGUAUCGUGGCCUAUCAUCAGAACAAUAGGACCCUGGCUAAGGAGUUACUCGAUAAGGCUGAAAGAGAACUGAAUAACCUGAGGGUAGACGAGUCGUCAGUGCAAGCCCUAAUGGAGUUGGGCUGGAGCGAGUGCCAGGCGUACGCCGGCCUCAGAGCGGCUCAAGGGGACGUGAACGGGGCGCAUCAUUACCUCGACUCGGCCACCAGAAGAAGGGAACUGGAGAGGCGGGCCAACAGGGAUGAUAGAGAACAACGCGCGCUAGGACUGUGCGAGGACGGCAGCCCCGUCGACAAACAACUCACUGAGAGCCUCAUAGCAAUGGGUUACUCCAGGAAACUGGCCGUCCUUGCCCUCAGGAACUCCAAUAACAACGUCACGGAUGCUGUCAGGAUCAUACAGGAGCAACCCGAGUUGUUGGAGGACAGUGACAUCUCCGAAGAAGAAGAGUCGACAGAACCGGUGGAACUGGAUAACCAACUCCUCGCUGAGUUAUGUUCAAUGGGGUUCGAGAGUGAGACGGCGAAAUACGCUUUGAAGCUGAGUCGAAACGAUUUGGUUCGCGCCUUGGACGUCCUUCACAGCGAUGGGCCUUGUGCCGACCAAAAUGACACUAACAACCCGUCCACCAGCACCGAAGCUAACACCAGUCGGAAGAGGCAGAAAAAAGAAGAGAAGAGACGGAAGAAAAAAGCCCGACAGCUUGCAGUCCAUCGAUUAAGGCAGACCAUACGCUAUGAAGACGACGACUACCUCAGCUCGCCGCUCUCUGAGGAGGAGCACUUCCUGAUACAAUAUAAGUCUUUAUUGUAAACAUAUCGACAUAUAGAAUGGAUAACAAUAUUUAUGUAAAAAGUGUUUGUUGUUUUUCAUCGUUAAAGUCGUAUUGAAUUGACGUUUUCACAGGAAUUGUUGCAAGGUAGUGAAUUUACGUACAUUGUAUACUAUUGUAAAACUUAUACUGAAGCAACUUGCAAAAUAAAUGGUCACACCCAAUAAAACUAGAUGGCGCUGCAAAAUUUUAUUUAUGGCUUUUGUUUUUGUUAAAGAUCUAUAACAAAAUGCUGUAACUGUCCUAGUUCCUACUGCCAGACGUAUGACGUCACUCGAAUUAACCUUAUUACAAAAAGUAACAUAUCUAUAUAUCGCCGGACGCCGUCUCUUUCUAUCAAAUUGUAUUUACGGUUCAAUGAAAAGAGCCGAGGGAAUGGGACUUAGUCCCGACUUUUCCACUUGGAACCAUUUGGAAAUGUUGACUGUAUUUUAAAUAAACGUAGUAUUUAGUAUAUUCACGUGUAUGUACGUUGUGUUUGUUGUCUAUUUUAUAAAUGUUUUUAAAUAAAAUUGUUUUGUGAA